GCCGGGACCCGCAGCCGCCCCGAGGAUGCGGCCCCCCCAGCGCUCCCUGUGCCUGCUGCUGGUGGCCACGGCCUCGCUGGCUGCUCUCUACCUGCACCUCUGGGCCCCCAAAAGCCCCCCCAGCGUGGAUCUGAGACGACCCCCCCCUGAGCACCUGCUGCCCCCUGCGCUGCCCCCCCCUGCCCGCUCCUACCCACACGUCCCCUUCCGCCUCAAGGAGGACGUCAUGGAGCUGCUGCCCAGGAACGGCUGCUCGUGCGCGGCGGAGCCGGGGCCGGCGCUGCCCCUGCAGCGGCAGCUCUUCGGGCAGGGUCCCGCCACCGACUUCGCCGACGCCUUCGCGCCCGACGAACGGCCCCGAGCGCAGCGGCACCGAGAGCGCGAGUUCCGGCGGCACCGGCUGCGUGUCCAGUCUCCUGCCGACCGGCUCCUCAUCGUCCGCGCCAACUCCCCUCUCGAGUUCCCGUCCCAGGGCGUGGAGGUGCGGCCGCUGCAGACCGUCCUGGUGCCCGGGCUCAGCCUCCAGGCCACGGGGAGGGCGACGUACCAGGUGAACCUGACGGCGUCGCUGGGCACGUUGUCCGUGGCGGCCGUGGUGGAGGGGGUGGAGCUGCGUGGGGAGGGGCAGCCCCGGCUCGCGCUCGCCGCCCCUCGGCUCGAUCACCUCAACCGGCAGCUGCAGUUCGUCACCUACACCAACACCCACUUCCACCCCGACACCGCCGACAUCGCGCCCCGUUGGCCCCCAGUGCAGUUCUCCACCGACGGCCACGACGCCGCUUUCACCAUCCGCAUCCGGCACCCGCCCACGCCCCGCCUCUACGGCCCCCCCGGCGCGGGGGAGGGGGGCGACGACGAGGGGGAGGGGGAGGGAGGGUACAACAUCUCAGCGCUGGUGACAAUCGCCACCAAGACGUUCCUGCGCUACGAGAAGCUGCGGGGGCUGAUCGCCAGCGUCCGCCGCUUCUAUCCCACCGUCACCAUCGUGGUGGCCGACGACAGCCAGCGCCCAGAACCCCUCCAGGGCCCCCACCUCGAGCACUACCUCAUGCCCUUCGGCAAGGGCUGGUUCGCCGGGAGGAACUUGGCAGUGUCGCAGGUGACCACCAAGUACGUGCUGUGGGUGGACGAUGAUUUCAUCUUCACCCCCCGCACCCGCCUCGAGAAGCUGGUGGAUGUGCUGGAGAAAACCAGUUUGGACCUGGUGGGCGGUGCGGUGCGGGAGAUCACGGGCUACACCACGACGUACCGGCAGCGGCUGAGCGUGCGGGGGGGCGGCGCGGGGGGCGACUGCCUCCGUACCCGGCCCGGUUUCCAUCACCGCCUCGCGGGUUUUCCCGCCUGUGUCGUUACCGACGGCGUCGUCAACUUCUUUCUGGCCCGAACCGACAAGGUCCGGCAGGUCGGCUUCGACCCCCGGCUGCGCCGAGUGGCCCACCUCGAGUUCUUCAUCGACGGGCUGGGGGUGCUGCACGUGGGCUCGUGCGAGGACGUGGUUGUGGAUCACGCCUCCAAGCUGGCGCUGCCGUGGCGCCGGUCCGAGGGCGAGCGCCAAUACGCCCGGUUCCGGUACCCGGCGGCGCGCGACGGCAGCCGCAGCCUCAAGCAGCGCCUCUUCUUCUACAAGAACCGCUUCAAGUGCAUGGCCGGCAACUGAGGCACGGCCACGGCCCAAACACGGCCACGGCCCAGCCAUGGCAUGGUCAUGGCACAGCCACAGCCCAGCCAUGGCAUGGUUAUGGCAUGGUCAUGGCACAGCCACUCACCACCCCCAGGGGAACCACUGAGGGAAGCCGACGUGGGCCACCACUGGCCACCUCCAUGGAGAACCAUCAGUGCCACCAUCGUGGGCCACCACUGGCCACCUCCAUGGAGAACCAUCAGUGCCACCAUCGUGGGCCACCACUGGCCACCUCCAUGGAGAACCAUCAGUGCCACCAUUGUGGGCCACCACUGGUCACCUCCAUGGAGAACCAUCAGUGCCACCAUCAUGGGCCACCACUGGUCACUCCCCUGGAUCACCAUUGAGGGCAACCACUGAGGGUCAUCAUCAUCAUAGGCCACCACUGGUCACUCCUGUGGAGAACCCCUAGUACCACCUCUAUGGGCUGCCCCCAAGGACCACGCACCAUGGGCCAACAUCAUGGGCCACCGCUGGUCAUCCACAUGGAUCACCAUUGAGGGCAAC